UAUUGUUAGGGCUAAUGUAAAAUAACAGAUGAUAAAAAUCAUAAUCCAUGGGAAAACAAUUAGUUUGAAGUUUGUAAUUUAUUAUUUAUAAUAAAACAUUCCAAUUUACAUUUGUUGUUGUAGGGUUAGUUUGCCUUUAAAGCUUACUCCAAGAUGCAUCCAUUCACUUUGCGGAUUCGGGGAAAGAAGCAAAAAGCAGAUAAAGAUGACUCCACAACCUCUUCAAAGGAAAAAAAGAAGAAGAAAAUGCCUCUACCAUACACAUUGCGGAUUAGGUGCCUGAAUUGAACCCUGGAUGAGGGUGCCUGAAUCGAACCCUGGAUGAGGGUGCCUCCACAAGCACUGCUCCGCUACCUUCAAAGGGAAAAACACAAAAUUGGAGAGACCAUGCAAAACAAAGCCAACCUGAGAAGUACGAGAAGAUGAAGAAGAAUGCUAAGAUGUACAGUAGUUACUACCGUCUAUCCUGUGCCACUGCCGAGGAAAAGCUGAAAAAGAGAAAUCUAAGUAAAGAAGAAAGAGAAGAGGCUGAGAUGUGGUAUGAAAGAAAACAACGUUGCAAUGAGGGAUCAAGGAAAAGGAUGGCAAAGAUGAAUGCAGGAAAAAGAGCUGAUGAGAAGAAAGGCAAAGCUAAAAAAGCCAUGACAAGAAGAGAAUAUGAUAAAAAAAAAAAUUAUGAAACUGAGAGGAAGCAAAAAUAUCGUGCUAAGAAAAGUACGGCAGAGACGGCCAAGAUUAACGAGCAAAGACGAGAAAAAUAUGCAAUUGUGAGAGAAAUGAAGGUUCAAGGAAUGGAAAGAAAGAUGAAAGAGAUGGAACAGAAGUUGAAAGAUCAGGAGGACCAGUUGCGAGCAAAAGAGAGAGAGUUGCUCGAACGGACCACAAUGCUGCAGAACAGAAAUAAUGAUUUAGGCGAAGACGCUAUUGACAUACGGUCAAAUGAUGCCAGGCGAAAGAGCCUUCAACGCGCCAGAGGAGCUAUGCCACAACGGAGGUCGCAUUUUGUUUCCACAACAAUUGACCUUGUAGAGAAAGCUUCACCAAGGAAAACUGCCGCACUAAAAAAGGCGGGAAUAACAGGCAGAAAUCCAUUACAUGAUGGAGUGAUGAAAGCCCUUGGCGAUGUCUUUUCAGGACCAAGAAAUUCUCCACAACGGAAGCAUAUUGCCAUGUCUCUCAGUGCCCUAAAAAAUGUCAAGCAACAAAGGAAGGCUGCAAGACAUUUUGGUUGUAGCCGCAAACUUCUGCAAAGAGCAAGGAAACAAUCAGCCGGCCGAAAAGGUAUCCCAUCGGAAAGGGUUAAACUCAUCGGAAAUUUCUACCAAGCCAACUCAAAUCCUUUGCCUGAUAAAAAAUUUGUAAGCAAAAAAACCUACAAACCAAGACAUCUAAUGGAAUCAACAGUUGCAGAUUUGUACCAUAAAUACAAGAAAAUGCAUCCAGAUCAGCCAGUAAGUGCAGGGAUCUUCUACAGUCUCAGACCCAAAAAUGUAAAAACUAAAGCACAAGCGAAGUAUGUUGGCUGUCUCUGUGAGUACUGUGAAAAUAUAAAUCUCAAAAUAGAAGCAGUCAACAGCAUCCACAAGGGAACCUUCAAAGAUGGAUAUGACGUUAUCAGAACAACGAUGUGCCCCAAGCCACCAGGGUGUGACUUUAACCAUCCCUCAUGUAUCACAAGAAAAUGUACGAAAUGUGGUGUUGAUAAAAUGGAUCAAAGACUUCAUCCUAUACUUGCAGACCCUAACAAAAGCAUCAAGUGGAAACGAUGGACCAUGGUGACAACAACGUGUUUCACCAAAAAGGGAACGAAACAAGUAAAAAAAAGAAAGCCUAUCGAAAUGAAGGGAACUGCCAUGGAUUUGGUAACAGAACUCAAGACUGAGAUUCACCCAUUCAGCGAGCACUUAUUCAACAAAGACUGGCAGAAUAAUCAACAAAAAAAUCUGCUCAACAACAUACAUAUGGACGAGGUGUUGGGGGUGUACGAUUUUGCAGAGAAUUUCAAAUGCGAACACCAACGGGAAGUACAAAGCGCCUACUACGCCCAAGAUUCAGCAACAGUACACCCUGUUGUCACCUAUUAUUCCUGUCCAAAAUGUCUGAAAUCAGUAAGGGAAAGUAUCAUUAUCAUCAGCGAUGAUUUGAACCACGACUACCACCUGGUUAAUACUUUUCAUAGAAAAGUUACAAACCAUUUGACUGCAACAAGAGGCUUGAUGAUUACAAAGUUUUACCGGUUUUCAGAUGGUUGUAGUUGUCAAUAUAAGAGCAAGGGGCCCAUUUCGGAUAUCAGCUACGGAAGAGAAGAUUUUGGGCACACGAUCCACCACAACUAUUCAGGCACAAGACAUGGCAAAGGUGCCAGCGAUGGGGAAAGCGGAGUGGUGAAGAGAAAAGCAGCGGAAGCCGUCAAAGCUGGAACUGCCAUCAUCAGCACCCCAAAGCAAUUGUAUGAUUAUCUUGAAGGCAAUGUAACAAAAGAUGCUACCGAGGACCAGUGCUGCACUUCAUUUAGGAGAUCUGUUCUUUUUGUAAAGCAUGAAGAAGUUUUGCGAAAGCGGCAAGACAGGGCAAUAAGAACAGUCCCGGGAACAAGGAAGUUCCAUAGUAUCAAGAGUGUGAAGGGAGGACGAGUUGCUACCCGGAAUCUCUCCUGUUUCUGCGAUUCGUGUCUUGGAGUACAUGGUGGCACUGGCAGAUGUGUAAAUGCAGCAUAUGUACAUCCUUGGAAGGAGGUUAAACUUAAGAACGGAAAAACAGGAGAAGAAGAUACUGCCCUCCACGCAAGUGAAGAAGAUACUGCCCUCCACUCAGGAGAAGAAGAUUCUGCCCACCCCACAGGAGAAGAAGAUACUGCCCACCCCACAAGCAUGACGGGAGAAGAAGAUACUGCCCUCCACUCAGGAGAAGAAGAUUCUGCCCACCCAACAGGAGAAGAAGAUACUGCCCACCCCACAAGCAUGACGGGAGAAGAAGAUACUGCCCUCCACACAGGAGAAGAUUCUGCCCUCCACACAGGAGAAGAAGAUUCUGCCCUCCCCACAGAAGAAGUUGUAGCACAUCCACAUGAUGAUAAUAUCAAAGAUGGAGCCAAUUUGUUAACAACCAUUGGUGCACAAGAUUUUGUUGCAGUAAGGGUAACUAGUACUGGAAGAAGAGCAAGAUCAGAUGAAUUACAUGUAGCACAGGUAGCAUCUGUACCUGAAGAUGGGUCAUACAGUCUCUCGUACAUGGUCAAAGCAAAGGGUAGCAACCAAUACACCUGGUCGCAGGGUGACGAAGUAUUUUUUCUGCAGCCCAUCACCGACAUCGUUGCAAAGCUUGAUGCACCAGAGCCUGUUGCUGUCGGGUCACGCUUGUUUUUUAAAUUUAACUUGAAAGGUGCUGAAGAACUUUUCAGUGCAAAGUAAAACAAGACAAAAAUUACAUUGUUGAAUAGGCCGCUUUCCUGUUCUAUUAUGAGACCAUUUGUGUCCGGGCCUUCUGUGAAUUGCAGGUUAUCAACUCCUUUAAUUUCAAAGAAAUUUCUUCAGCUUGGUGAUCCAAUUUUGAAUCAUCAGUCUCAAAAUUUGAAAGAGUAAUUCCAAAUUAAACAAUUAAAAAAAGAGUUAAUCAAAAUUCAACUAAACAAAGUGUUA